CCUCCCGCUGUGCGUGCCGUGCGUCAGCCGCCGGCGGCCGGAGCCAGCGCGCCGAGGACCAUGUUGCUCCCGAACAUCCUGCUCACCGGUACCCCGGGGGUUGGAAAAACCACACUAGGCAAAGAACUUGCAUCGAGAUCAGGACUGAAAUACAUUAAUGUGGGUGAUUUAGCUCAAGAAGGACAAUUAUAUGAUGGCUACGAUGAAGAGUAUGAUUGCCCCAUUUUAGAUGAAGACAGAGUAGUUGAUGAAUUAGAAAACCAAAUGAGUGAAGGUGGAGUUAUUGUUGAUUACCAUGGUUGUGAUUUCUUCCCUGAACGCUGGUUCCAUAUAGUUUUUGUGCUGCAAGCAGAUAACAGUGUACUGUACAAAAGACUAGAAACAAGGGGUUAUAAUGAGAAGAAACUAAAAGACAAUAUUCAGUGUGAAAUUUUUCAAGUUCUUUACGAGGAAGCAUUAGCAUCCUACAAAGAAGAAAUAGUACAUCAGCUGCCCAGCAAUAAACCAGAAGAUCUGGAAGAUAACAUCAAUCAGAUACUGAAGUGGAUUGAGCAGUGGGUCAAGGAUAAUAGCUCCUGACUUAUAAGACCAGAUACUUUACAACCACGGUUGUCAUAUCCCUGCCAUAUUGAAUAAAUUGUUCAGUUAUCAGUAAAACUUAUUAAAAUUGUGUUGCAGGACUACUAGAUAGAUAGUCUAGAGAUUUAUAUUUAGGCUUUCUUUCUCCAUGAGAAAGCAAAACAUUCUCAAGUAUAGUGUAUACAAUAUCAUUAAGUAUCUAGAGUAAAAACUGUCAUCUUAAAUGCUUCAGCGGCUAAAGAAUAAACAAACCUGACUAAAUGGGUGGCUAUCUCCUCAGCUGAUUAUAGAAGAAAAUGAAGAUGAUCCCUUAAAAAAAACCUUAAGACUAAUGAUAAAUCAGAGUUUUUCAUCUUUCUUUCCUUAAAAUAAGAAACGGGGAUCCCUGGGUGGCUCAGCGGUUUAGCGCUUGCCUUCGGCCGAGGGCAUGAUCCUGGAGCCCCGGGAUUGAGUCCCAUGUUGGGCUCCCUGCAGGGAGCCUGCUUCUCCCUCUGCCUGUGUCUCUCAUGGAUAAAUAAAUAAAAUCUUAAAAAAUAAAAAUAAAAAAUAAAAAACAAACACACAAGCAAGUGGUAAUACUUAUAUUCUGUAUAAAAAUAAAAAGGGGGGAUCCCUGGGUGGCUCAGCGGUUUGGCGCCUGCCUUUGGCCCAGGGCGCAAUCUUGGGGUCCCAGGAUCAAGUACUGUGUUGGGCUCCUGGCAUGGAGCUCGCUUCUCCCUCCUCCUGUGUCUCUGCCUCUCUCUCUCAAUCUCUGUGUCUAUCAUGAAUAAAUAAAUAAAUAAUUUAAAAAAUAAACUAAAUAAAUAAAUAAAUAAAUAAAUAAAUAAAUAAAUAAAUAAAAAGGUGGGGCACCUGAGUGGCUCAGGUUGUGAUCCCAGGCUUCUGGGGUUGAGUCCCGCGUCGGGCUCCCUGCUCCUCAGGGAGCCUGCUGCUUCCUCCUCUGCCUGUCUCAUGAAUAAUAAAGUCUUCUAAAAAAAUCGAAAGAAAAAAAAAUAAAAAUAAAUAAAAUAAAAAUAAAAAAAUCGAAAGAUACAAAAGGGUAUCCUGGGAAGGUUCGUUUCCCUUCCAGGCCACCCCUAUUCUUUGGCCACCCAGAUCCCCUCCCUUUCGGAGUAAUGUUACUGGUUCUCCCAUGUCAGAGAUUUUAUGCCUGCGAACUGUGUGUACAUUAGUUUCUUUAAGCAUGUGGUAGUACACCGUGUGCACUGUUGUGUAUUUUCUUUUUUCAUUUAAUGUAUUUUAGAGUAUAUCAUCCCAGAACAUACAGACCUCCCUGUUCUUUUAAAUUAAGAUAGAAUUCACCAUCUAACAGUGCACAGUUGACUAGCUUCUAUUCUGCUCAUAAGAUUGUACAGCCAUGGGACGUCUAGUUGUCUCAGUGGUUGGGCGUCUGCCUUCAGCUCAGGGCGUGAUCCCAGAGUCCCAGGAUCGAGUCUUGCAUUGGGCUCCCUGCAGGGAGACUGCUUCUCCCUCUGCCUGUGUCUCUGCCUGUCUCUCUGUCUCUCAUGAAUAAAUAAUUGUUUAACAAAAAAAAAAGAUUGUACAGCCAUCACAUAUCAACUGUCACUACCUAACUCCAUAUGACAGUUUUAUUACCACACCCAAAAGUAGUCCUGUCCUAUUAGCAAUUACUUCCCAUUUUUCCCUUCUCCUAGCCCCUUGGAAUCAUGAAUUUACUUUGUUUAUAUGGAUUUGCAUAUCUGGGAAUGUCAUAUAAAAGGAAUCAUACAAUA